CUAUAAUCCAGACCUGCCAAAGUUCCAAAAGAGCGCCUUCACUCUUCUGUCAGUGCCUGGAGAAACGACGAAGUUAGAUACAGACUAUUGGACUUUUCUAUGCUUCACGGCCGAGGGAUUUGCAUUUCAAGACGAGAAACUAUAAUCACCAUCCCUCAAAUGUCAGUCAAUCUACUAUAUCGCAGCAGCUAUGAAAAGAAUUGUGAUCCAUUGGGACUCAAUACUGAAAGGCAUCGAAAGAAUCAUUGAUGGUCACAUGUUUAUGUACCCAGAGAAACUGCAAGCUACUUUCGUCGAGAAUGAGUCAUUUUCUCAGUCUCGAAAGUUCUAUUGGGCUAUCAAAUCGAUUAACGAGUUCGUCAAAUACUUGAGCGACGACAUCCAGCAGUGGAAAUUGUACCGGGAAGCUCGUGUGGCCCGGUUCAUCGUACCGAAGACCGAACACUUCAGAAUCGCCAAAAACAUGGGCAAGCCAUGGUAUUCUGUCAAGGCCGCCGGCGAGGCGGCAACAACGGCCUGCGAGGAGCUAGAGGGCUUACGGCGGCGGUUUGAAAGCAGAUUGGAGGAAGUGAAAGUCAUGAGGGAUGGGCUCUUCAACGCUAGCGCUGUUAUCGAGAGUCGCUCAGCAACUCGACUAGGCGAAAACGUCAUGCUUCUGACGUACAUAACCAUCUUCUUCCUCCCUCUUGCAUUCUGCAUGUCCGUCUGGAGCAUCAACGAAGCCUAUGGACGAAAGACUCUCGCCUGGGUUUCUGUCCUCGUAGCUCUCGCCACAUACCUAGCCACGUUCAAUCUCAACAACGUAGUGCGGAUUCUUCGAGGCGCGGUGAACGCAGUGUAUGAGCCACGAAAAACAGCUCUUGUUCUCGCUAUGGUCAAGGACGAGAAGAUUGAGUGGAGAGAUACGGGCAAGAAGUUCGAGGCGUACCGGCUGAUCCGCCCGGAUGACACCCCUUCCGAAUGGAAUAUUCCUUUAUUUGCUUUGCGGAAGAUUGUACGGGGUUUUCUGGGACAUUUUAAGAGAAGAGGGUGGUGAGAAGCAGACCGCGUAGGCUUUCAGCAAACUGAGAUUUGUGAUGCUCUGCAAAAUGUUCCCGCUUUCAGUAUUAUAUAAGGAUGAGAAUAAAAAGAG